AUGGGAUCAAGUUGUCAAUUCAUAUAUUAAGUAAUCAAUGUCGAAUCAGCAUGUACGAAAAUGCUUGUGAUUGUAAAUAAUCAUGAAGAAAAUAUUAGUAAAUUAGGAUUAAUUGCUGAAUAUGGCUCGGAAUAAUCUUUUAUAAUUAGAGGUUGUAGAUAUUGUGCAUAAGAUUCAGAUUUAGAUGGUCAUUUAAUUAAUAGAGAAGUUAUUAUGAAACAUCUUAGAUAACUAUGUAUUCUAUAAGAAAAUGAUCUUAUCACUUGA